AUCCUCUAGCAGUCUAGCGUGUGCGUGUGUCUGUUGCCUCGGCCCACAUCACGCCUUCGCUUCGCGCCACCGCCGUCCGCCAGUUCAGCUCACCCUCGCCGCCGGUAGUCCGCGACUCCACCCAAGUUUCCCCUCCUCCGCUGCCUGCUUCCAGCUUCUCCCCAACUUCAUUUCAGCUCUUGUGGGUCGGUUCGGGUCGGGCCAGCCCGGGCCGGUAGUGAGCGCGCCACCCGACCCGUUUCGCGGUUGCUCCGGUCCCUUUUCCUCUCCUAUUUUCUCUUCUCUCUCUCCCGUCGUCCAGAGACCCAGAAGGAGAGGGAGACAGAGCCACAGAGGCAGGGGAGAGGAGGAGCAGCGUGGCGACGCCCAAAUCGAGCGACCUGAUCGAGGCCCCUCGCCCCUACUCGCUGAAUCCCAAUCCGAGCCCGCCAAUUGGGCGCCCCCCCCCGCCCACGCAAAGAUAGAAGAAAAUUAUUGGCGCUCUGACAAAUCCAACUGAGGUUUUCUUGGACUACAGAUGAAGCGGGCUCGAAGGGCGUAUGUGCAAGAGAUGACUGAUGAGGGAUGCUAGUGAAAUUGAUGAACUUGUUACGGGCGUGCUGGCGACCGUCAUCGAACCGGCAUGCCCGAACAGGCUCAGAUGUUACCGGUAGGCAGGAUGGACUUCUAUGGUACAAGGACGCCGGGCAACAUGUCAAUGGGGAGUUCUCCAUGGCUGUUGUUCAGGCAAAUAACUUACUUGAGGACCAGUGUCAGAUCGAGUCGGGCCCACUGAGUUUUCUAGAUUCUGGACCAUAUGGCACUUUCGUUGGUGUUUACGAUGGGCAUGGUGGUCCAGAGACGGCCUGCUAUAUCAAUGAUCAUCUUUUCCAGAAUCUGAAAAGAUUUGCAUCUGAGCAGAAUGCAAUGUCUGCUGAUGUACUGAAGAAGGCAUAUGAAGCUACAGAAGAUGGAUUCUUCUCCAUUGUUACCAAACAAUGGCCUGUAAAGCCUCAGAUAGCAGCUGUCGGCUCAUGCUGCCUGGUCGGUGUAAUUUGUGGUGGCAUGCUUUAUGUUGCCAAUGUUGGGGAUUCCCGUGUCGUUUUAGGAAAACAUGUUAAGGCCACUGGAGAAGUUUUGGCUGUCCAACUGUCAGCAGAACAUAAUGUUAGUAUUGCGUCCGUGAGAAAAGAACUGCAGUCAAUGCACCCAGAAGAUAGGCACAUUGUUGUUCUCAAGCACAAUGUUUGGCGUGUUAAAGGACUAAUUCAGGUUUGUAGAUCAAUUGGUGAUGCAUAUCUCAAAAAGCAAGAGUUCAACAGGGAACCCCUAUAUGCAAAAUUUCGCCUCCGUGAACCUUUUCACAAGCCAAUACUAAGUUCAGAACCAUCAAUCAGUGUGCAACCACUACAACCACACGACCAGUUUCUCAUAUUUGCAUCUGAUGGACUUUGGGAGCAGUUAACCAACCAAGAGGCAGUUGAUAUUGUUCGAAGUAGCCCCCGCAGUGGCUGUGCUAGGAGGCUGAUAAGAGCGGCACUGCAAGAGGCAGCCAAGAAAAGAGAGAUGAGGUACUCGGACCUCAAGAAGAUUGACCGCGGUGUUCGCCGCCACUUCCACGACGACAUAACAGUCAUAGUAGUGUUCCUUGACUCCGGCCUCGUAAGCCAGGCGAGCACACACCGAGGUCCAACUCUUUCCUUGCGAGGCGGUGGCGGCAGCGCUGGCCUGCGCAGCAACACACUUGCACCUACGUGACUAUAAAGUGCCUGGUGGAGUGGAGGCUACUGACUGAAGGUGGUUUUCUUUCCUUGUGUCGAAUGUGUUAUAUAUGUACUUGUACCAGCCAAGAUCAUUCAUCCCCCCCCCUAAAAUGGUGUAAAGAAGUAGGAGAGGCGCCGAAGUUCCUCACCAGCGUAUCUGAAUGCCCUCAAUGGUGUCAAGUUGUGGACUCAAGUGGAUAGCUUCGCUGAAUCUUCUGAUGAUGCUCUGUGGAAAGCUCGAAUCCUUUCCACCUGAAAAAGCAAGUAAUAUGUCUUCCAGUGCUGGAAUUAACCCCUAGUGCAUAUAUAUAUGUAUGAAAUAAUAAUAAGGCAAAAGGAGGAGUAACUUAUUUAACUAAUGCUGUGAGGUGUAUUUAUGUUUUGUAUGUGUACUGCUUUUGACUGCUACUGCAUCUACUGUUGUUAAUUGACCACUGGUGAAGUGAAAUCACUGGUUUCGUCUUGCUGUCUCA